AUGCUGCAGAGCGUGCGGAGCAUGUACACCGACGUGCGUUGCCGGGUCAGGGGAGAUGGUUGGAUCUCAGAAGAGAGCUUCCAAAGCAACUCGGGAGUCAAACAGGGUUGUCCUCUUAGUCCAUUGUUGUUCGGGCUGUACACAGACGGUUUGGAGGAUUCGAUGCGGGGGAGGGGAGAUCCAACGCUAAUGGGAGUUGGGGUUCCGCUCUUGGCGUUUGCGGACGACGUCCUUCUUCUUUCGACGGAUCCAGAGGGCUUGCAGCGAAAGCUAGAAGUGCUGGAAAGGUUCUCGGAAAAGAGUGGUCUUUCUGUUAACCUUCAAAAGACGCAGGCUGUGGUCUUUGGGGGUCAAUUCGGCAGUCAAAAGAGGAAGCACGACUUCAGGUAUGGUGGUGAGCAAGUCGAGAUAGUCAAAAGCUACCGUUACUUAGGGGUCCAGUUCAGUUGUAUUGGAAGCUUUAAAGAGGCCGUUCAGCAUUUGGUAGAAGCGGGGCGGAAGGCCAACUUUGCCAUGGAACGGAGGUGUGCCGAGCUUGGGUUGCAUAAAGCGAGCACGAGGGUGGGUCUGUUUGACGUACUGGUCAGACCGAUCCUGGGGUAUGGCGCGGAAGUCUGGGGUCCCGGGUACGGUCCGGAGUGGGGAUGGAAUGGCGAUGGGGACGGUCCGGAGAAGGUUGGUCGAGCAUUCUUGCGGGGUCUUCUGCGAGUUCGGAAAUCGACGCUAUCAAAGGCGGUUCUGGGAGAGUUUGGUCGGUUUUCCUUGCUCCUUGAUCGCUGGGCGCAGGUCUUCAAGUUCGUGAACCGCACAGCGAGCCUUCCCCAGGAUCGGCUGGCCCGUUUGGCCUUUGAAGAGUCGAGGGAAAUGUGGGCAGCAAACAAGGGCGGGUGGACACAUAUGUGGUAG